GCUCAGUUAUAAAUUUAGAGUUUGCCGUUCGAGUCAGUCUACGAGCGACAACGUUUAAGAAAGGUCGCGCUGUUUCGCAUCCCCGCAAACAAUAUUUGCCGCUUAUUGCUUAUUAAUGUAAAUCCGGGUGAAUUAUAUAUACUACCGCAUAUAAAAAAUAUUAUAUCGUGCAAAAAUAUAUAAUCCCACUCUCUUACCGCGUUAAUACAAGAACAACCAAAAGUCGGUAAACAUUAAGAGCCGGGAAGCAAAUCGCCGAACCGCGGAACAAAUUAAAAACGAGGAGUCGUCGGGAAAAGCGCCAAGUGUCCAUCCGGAAGAGUCCGUCAAGAGUGUCCGGGAAGAACUGUGUGUGCGUGCGACCUCCUCAGUAAAAAAAAACUAUCCUCCGCGGAAACAAAUUAGACAAAAAAAAGAUUUUCGCCGAAAUUACCCCCCCGGAAAAAAAGAAGCGCGUAGCUGCCGCUUAGUCGAACAAACGUCAAACUUCGGUUGUGCUCCGCCCGACUAAUCCCCAAAAUCGCUUUUCCUUUUUGUCGUUCCGUUCUUCGUGCCGCUGGACCGACGACAGCUUUGACGCUCGCGCGAGAACAAUAGCCGCUUAUCGCGAAAUCCAAGUGUGCCGUGCCGAAGGUCGCCGCGCGUUGUGCAUCGCUAGCGAAACUCGCCGGAGAAAGUUCGAAGGUGACCAGGCGGUGGAUUCUCUCCAAUCAGCGUUUCGAAGGUGAUAUCGCUUAAAAAGGGAAAGAGGAAGAAAUCGAAGAAGAAGAAUAAGUGAGUGGUUCGAAAAUCAAGAGGCACGAAGUGAGUGAGGAAAAAUUCUCAUGAAAAUUCAUCAUCACUAAAAAAAAGUAACGAAAGUUUAUUUCACCUCGAUAGCGCGUCGUAAAUUUUUUGGAGAAAGGCAAACCGAAGAGGCACCGAGCCGAAAGAAUCAGUGUGUGAAAAAUUAUUCCAAUCAAUUUUCCGAGCAAAUCGUAAAUAUUUUAAAGAGGGCCCCCUUCAGCUCCCCACAGCUGUCGGUAGAAAGUGUGACGAAGGAGGAGCUCCGUUGUGCAGCGUACGAAGCAAAAUCAAAGAAGUCAGAGAGUGUGUUACACCAGCGGUACAUCUGAAGGCGAAGGAGAGGAAGAAAUUAUCGUCAUCGUCGAAGAGAAAAAAAAAAGCAACGCGCUUUUGCAGCUUGACAACAGACACCGCGGAACCCCCGGCUUAGAAUCAAACACAGUGUGCCCCCGCCCUCUUUCCUCGCGCCAACAGCUUUUUAGUCCGCCAGCUUUCUGCCGCCAACGCCGCCGCCACCACCCCUUUGCUUGAGCUUUUCGCAGCGCCAUCUUCAGCAGCAUCCACCAACUAGAACGGCAAACAAAAAAGAAGAAGAAAGCCAACAGCUCAUUACAUCCAAACAGAAGAGAAGUGAAAAAAACGGAAGAAACCACUGUCUUCACACUUGCACAUCCUGAAAGAGGAGAGAAAAAAAGUUGGGCUAAAAGAAAGUAAUUAGAAGUUACCAAAUACUUGCCGGAAGAAGAAGAAGAAGACUCUUCCCCCUCCCUAGGACAAUCAAAGCUAACGUCCGUUCAGCGAAGCAAAUUAUCCCUCUUCUCCCCGUUAACGACAGAGAGUGAGAAGCAGUCAGUCAGACCGGAAAUCGAUAGAGAGAAGAAAACCAAUAAACGUCCGUUCCUGAGUAACUACACACACACAAGCACACAUAAGUACGAAGGAAUUAAUUUUUUAAUCGUAGCAUCAAACUCACUCAAACCAAGAGAUAGAGAGAAGGAAGAAGCAAGUCUAGUCUUCGUUUUAAUUGCCAUAGGAAUAUAGAAGAGUGUGUGUGUGUGACAUCGCCGACAUCGACUUAUCUUGUGAUACCGCAGAGCGCGCAGCGCGCCCAUCAAAAGGCGCCUAGGAAGAAGAAUUGUUCGUAGUGUUAGUGACAGCGUCGUCGCCCAGCUUGAGUGAGACCGUUGCGUUCCUCAAAUUUUCUGUGUGAAGGCCUAACCGGAGUCGCCUUUAAACCCCAAACACACAACACCCACAACACAAACACACACCCGCCUCCCCCCCUCCCAAAGUAGAGAGUAACACUUGUAUGGCCGCCAUGAUGAACAUGACCAACCUGUUGAACGGCAAGGACUCCCGCUGGCUGCAGCUGGAGGUGUGCCGCGAGUUCCAGCGCAACAAGUGCUCCCGGCCGGACACCGAGUGCAAGUUCGCCCACCCGCCGGCCAACGUGGAGGUGCAGAAUGGACGCGUGACCGCGUGCUACGACAGUAUUAAGGGUCGCUGCAAUCGUGAGAAGCCCCCGUGCAAAUACUUCCACCCGCCCCAACAUCUCAAGGACCAGCUGCUGAUCAACGGCCGGAACCAUCUCGCCCUCAAGAACGCCAUCAUGCAGCAGAUGGGCAUCUCGCCCGGCCAACCGGUCCUGCCCGGCCAAGUUCCCGCAGUGAACGGAGCGACCACCGCGGUGCCGGCCACGGCCAUCGGAAUCCCGCCGGCCACGGCCGCCGCCCUAGGGUUCACGAUCGCCUGGGGAACCGCCGGGGCCGCCACCCACCAUCACCAUCCACCACCGCCGUACACGACGUACGUCGUGAGUCACGGUGGCCACGGAACUCCCGGAACCGGCGGUGGCGGCGGCGGCGCUGGCCAGAUUAUGAACGGCCACUGCAGUCCGAUCACGGCCGGAAGUCCGACGACCAGCUCCUGCCAGAGUCAGUCCAAUCAGUCGUGCAACAGCCAGAACACCUGCCAUACGUCCACCACUACCAACACAAACCAUAACAAUAACAACAACAACCACAUCAGCGUUAAUAACAACAGCCCCGGAAGCACCUGCAAAGCAACCAACCCGUACCUGGCCAGCAUGCCAGCCAGCACGUACAGCCCGUACUUCCCGCCGGGGCACCUGAUGCCGACGCUGCUCGGGCCCGCCGAUCCGUCCCAGCUGGGCCCCGUCGUCCAGCAGGCCGUCGUGCCCCAGGCCCAGCAGAAGAUUCCCCGCUCGGACAGGCUCGAGGUAUGUCGCGAAUUCAUGCGCGGUGCCUGCAAGCGAGCUGAGUCGGAAUGCCGGUUUGCUCAUCCGCAGGAGAGCGUCACAACACACGAAGACGGUUCCGUCACGGUGUGCAUGGAUGCCGUGAAGGGUAGAUGCGCUCGUGAACCUUGUCGCUACUUCCAUCCUCCCUUGCACCUGCAGGCUCAAAUAAAAGCAGCGCAGUCACGCGCAACCGCGACUGCACCAGUAUCCGUGGCCGCUGUCGCCGCUGCCGCUGCCGCCGCCGCCCUACCACCACCGCUGCCGCCAUCCGCCGCCGCCGCCGCCGCAGCCGCCUCAGCCGCGGCUCACUCGCCUCUCGAGGCCGGCAAAAAGCGUUCGGCCGAAAACGAUAUGAUACAAAUGAUGGACAUGAAAACGAUGGGAUCUUUUUACUAUGAAAACUUUGCAUUCCCCGGCAUGGUCCCGUACAAGCGAACCGCAGCGGACAAGUCUGGCAUUCCGGUUUACCAGCCCGGUGCCACCACGUACCAGCAGCUGAUGCAGCUCCAGCAACCGUUCGUGCCAGUGUCAUCGUCAUCAACAAUCCCCAUGAAUGCCCCCUACGUAAUCUACACCGACACCAAUGGACAGUUACUGGACACCCUCCCGGUGUGCCAAGAUUUUAAUAGAUCGAUGUGCACGCGUCCGACCUGUAGAUUCGUACAUCUAAUGGAGUGUGAUAAAGUAGAAGUAUGUGAUCAGCGCGUGGCGGUCUGCCGUGACCACGCAAAGGGUAUGUGCAAGCGCAAGCAAUGUAAAUAUUACCACAUACCGAUAGUACUGCCACCAGCGAACGUGAUGGCCGCCACAGCAAAACUAGCAGAAUAGUGAAGAACCAUGUGAAAACUCCGUGAAAUUUUCGAGGCAAAACACACCCACAUCAACAGCAGUGACCAACAUCCAGCAGCAGCAGCAGCAAAAAACCAACCCCAAUUUGAGUUAAUUUUAAAAUAAAAACAAAAACACACAAUCAUGGAUAAAACAAACAGCAGAACAAGAGCAGUGAAAGCGAGAACAAUAAAAACAAUUGAAUGUCCCAAAAGUCACAACUAACCCUAACCCUAAACUCUCGAAUAGAUCGAAAUUUGCAAGUUUUUGUAUGAAUUCUGUGUACAGAUUGACUCUGCGAUAUGUUUCCUACUUUUUAUUGUACGCGUGUUACACGACUUUUUUUAUACAUAUGAUAAACUUACUAUUGACUCAAGGUUACGUUUGAUUUGUUUAGUUUUUUGUUUACUUAUUGUGGGAUUAUGAAGAAAAAUCUGUAUUAUUUUUGUGUAUUUUGUAUAUUUUCAUAUGUAGAGAAUACGUUAUAUAUUGGAGCAUUUCUCAUUAUUUACUGAACACCAUAAGAUAACUGAACAAUAGAUCUAACUAACUGUAUUUAGAGUAUUUAAUUUAGAAAACGAAAAAGAGAUCUGAAAUUCGAAAAAGCGUCAAAUAUAUAUUAUCAUAAGUUCCAAUUUAACACCACAAAAUUUCUGAACUAUACAUUUUUUCUACGGGAAAGAAUAGAGCAUUAACGAAACUUGGUAUUAAAUUUUGUAAGACAACACUGAAUUCCGUAUUGAUGCGCGACCUAUACAAAUUUACUAAUAUCCUCACAAUACACAAACACAUAAACUCACAAAAUGUUUUGAUUUAAUCUUUCUACCAGCAAAUACAAACACCACAGCAGUUGGGGUGAAACGGGACACGAAAUCAAUAUACAAAAAAUACCAUCCUCCAACAGGAAAUAUGAAACAUCUUAGCAAAAGAGUUGACUAAUUUACCAAAACCUGCAAAAGUAUCUACAACUUGUACUAACAUUCAUAUACACCAUCACACAAAAACACUACACGUUAAACUGACACUACACGUUUCUUCUGUCACAAUUUACAUCCCUGAGUCACAUACCCACGUUCACAGCUACUCACACCAAGAUGGCACCCACACACUUACACUCACACAAGUUGCGGUGAAAACACACUCUUGCGGAAAGGUUAUGAAAAAAGAGAAGAGGAAGAAAAACAAACUAAAAAAAUAAACUCAACUAAUAAAAUGAUAAAUCACGUCCUAUUGGAGCAACGAUAAUGUAUAGUUUAUACGUUCAUAUUAAAUAUCAUGAAAAAAAAAACAAAAGUGGUUGAAGAAUAGCAAAACUCGACGAAAGAAGCAGAAGGACGAAAAAUGAUGAUACCUCUCUAUUUGUAUCUUUAGAUUUUGUGUACUAUUAAUUAUGUUGUUUUUAAGAGAUUUAUUUGUUUAUAUUUUUGUUCCUUACAACUGUAUCUGUAUGGUUUUCACGAUGUUAGAUUUAUUUUGUUCUCCUCCAAGUGAGUGAAACCACAAUACACACACACGUACACACUCAAGAAAAACACACACUAAAUCAAAAGUAUUCCUAUUACUAUCUGUAAAAUGUAAGUACUAAAUCAAACCCCCCUAAUAAAGUGAAUAAGUUUCGAAGAGUGACUCUCGAAAGAAAAAAACACUUGCAAAACUUUUGAAGUUACUGUAAAUUGUAUUACUAUUAUUAUAAUUAUUAUUCCCAAAAGAAACCCACACACUCUCCCCGUUACUUUCCAUUUGGGCCUCGAAUUGUUAGAUUGGUUCCGUUCGUUUUGUGUACAUUUUCUUAAAAAACUAUAGUUGAAAUCCGACGUGGGAACUUCGAACGUAAAGUUACCUAACCUAGAACGAAGAGUGGAUCUAUCGAGCAAAGGUAAGAAUCACUGGCGAUUUCAGGGUUCAGCGUUGGCAAACAUUUUAAAUGUUUUUUCGAACGCCGUGAACGCAACGUGAAUAUAAUUAGAGGGAAAAUAAAGCUAAAAGAACGAAUCGUUUCAAAACAAAACAAAAACAAAACUAAAAUUAAGGCAAACAUAUGAUAAACAAAAAAAAUCAGCAAAAAAAUGGUUGAAGAAAGAACGAAAUCUGGCAACACUGGGCAAACAACUGGAAAGAUCAUGGCUUGCUUGCGCGCUGCGGGAACGGAUCCCAUCAAAACAAUAACAGUUGGCUCUCGUUGGUUUGACAGCCAUGUCAAACGAGCGAGGUCGUACUGUACACACAAAUGCAUCAGUCACAUCAGUCACGACUACUUUGAUUUUGCGAUUUUGUUUUCGAACCCUUUUUGUGUGAGUAUUUUUGACAGGAAAUCUUUGCCUGUCAAAAAUCUAACCUUGCUUAACAGGAUGAACCAAAUGCUUCCGAAUGAAGUUGACAGGUUGGGAUUGGUGGAACAAAGUGUUUGAAACAUUGUUUGGUUCAAUGUUAAAUUAGUUUUAUUGUUUACAACUGUCAAACAAACAGUCGAACCCUGCUAGUUUGACACUCAAAUAAAUUACAAUGCAUUUGUUUUGAAUUUGUGCGCAAACGACGCUCUGAAAUUUUGCUUUAUAAUUCUUCUACAUUGUCUAACCAAACUUAAUAUUGUUUAUGGUAAAUUUUCAAGAAAAUGUUACAAAACAGUAAAUGUAUAUUUUGCGAUAUUUUCUUGCUGCAAACACUUCACCCAAAACCCCACCACAACCUGUCAACUGGCAACCCUGCGCUGCGGUCCAGCAAAUUUUGUGUACUAAAAAAUUAUCUCCGCUUUUCGCUUUUGCAAAAAAAUAUCCCGAAAAAUCUAAGCGUGAAACCAAAACCGUACCUCAAGGAUAAAGGGAAUAUAUUUUUAGAAAAAGAAAAAAACAUAGAAAAUAAAAUGGAGAGAGUGACAAAAUAAACUGCAAAGUACCACACACACACAAACUCACAAUCUUAAAAGGUGAACCAAAUAUGAUUUGUCAAGACUGAGCUGAAAAUACACGAGGCCGCAAACUGGACACGAUUUUAUGAAAAUCUUCCUUUUUGCACCAAACUUGAUUUUUUCUCGAAAAAAAACAAACGCUAGGAAAGUGAACUUGCAGCAAAAACCAGUGAUUUUGAUAGUGAGAGAAGUGAACGCAAUCAUGUUCGCAUACUUCAAAAAGAUGAAAAAAAAAAGUUUGAAUCACAUAUCUUCUAAAGAGAAAACAAAUGGGUAAAAUCAGAACUAUCCGCUAUCACAGAAUUUAUCGAAAAAACUACACAAAAUCAACAACAAGAAAUCCUUUACUCAAACUUCGUCCUGUCCCGAAAUGUCACGAAAUGUUUCCGUUGUUUCCGUUCCGUUUUUGAAAGGCCGUGACUGUCGUACCGAUUUUGUUUUUCCGAGGGCUUUGUGGGAAAAGUUUCGAAUCGUCGAACAAGUCAGCGAAAAAUCAACAAAAGUAAGGAAAGAAAGGUGGAAAGGUAAACCAGAAAUAACCACACAAGAGGAAAAAAUAUUUUUUAGAUAGCUAGGAGAUACAUUUAUAUAUUAUGAGUAAAUUAAUGAAAGUGGAAACCCGAUCGACGAGAAAAAAAACUUUGAGAAUACCACAAUGAAAUUGUAUUUUAAUAAGAAUCACUAAAGAGAAAAGAAACACAAAUUGCUGCGAAGAAAUCGAAUCGAACUGGCACGAAUCAGAACAGAAUGCAUCCGUUGAUUUUGAAUUACUCAGACAAAGUUAUGAUUUUUAUUUGGUGAUUUAUCAAACUCAUAUAGAAGAAUCACUUCAGUAGAUGAAUGAAUCAAAAGAGAACGGAAAAAUUGGUUACAGAAUGAACAGAAAAAAUGUUGCAAUAGAAAACCACUUGAAAUCAAUCUACUUUAUGCGAACAACUCUAUCAUGGACUUUUCGUUGUCAAACUUAGAAAAGUCACAGACAAACAGAUGACAAAAUUUUAUUCGAUUUUAUCGUUUAGAAAAUAACGGUCAUUUCAAAUCACAAAUGGUUCGUUUGUCUGUGAUGAAAUCACAUGUUUUUGUUUUCUUUCAACUUACUCGAAACAAUUCCACAGAAAGAAAUAACAUUAUUUUUGUUUCCACUGACGUUGUUAUCCCCUUAGUAUUGUUUACAAACUCUUUUUUAGUACUUCCAAACCAGAACUUUAUUUUGAAUGAUAUAACAGCAAAUACUGUGAUAUAUUAAGCAUAAAAAGUAAACGGAUAAUAAACACACUCGAAAAAUUAUUGGAAAAUUCCCCGGAAAACCACAUGAAAUUUUAGUACACACACUCAUAAACACACCUUAGUUCCUGUUAAUUGGUCUCGCAAAAAGAAAAAAAAACGAAUAAAACUCUCUCUCUCAAAAGGACUAAUUUUUCGACGGCAGCAGCACGUAACACGUUUAAUUUUUGUGUCUAGUCAACACCAAACCCACAUCAAAACAUCGCCAUUCUUCGCUUAUUGUUACUUGUGAUAUUGGUUUGUUUAGUUUCGUUUUUUUGUACUAAACAGUAUUUACGACCGUUGGUCGAAGCAGAAUACUCAGUUUUUUUCUGGACAGAAAGAAAUGUUAUUUUUGCCUAAUCUGUUGAUAAAAUGUUCCUUAUGUGGAGCAUUUUCAAAUAAGUUAGAAAUUUCAAACAUUUUUAGUACAAAAACAUGUAUGACUUUAUCAUGCUUUUGAACUGUUUUUCUGUGCAAAGAAAUAACUUUUAAUGCAAAUAUUUUUGUGAAAUUUCUAUCCUCAUUUUCAUCAAACAUUGAAAUUGUUGUUGCUUUGAAGUACAUUCUAGGUUGUGUGAAAACGGAAUUCUGAACGGAAAAAAUCUCAAAAAAUUAACAAAAUAUGUUCCUGAAAAAACUAAUGAAAAUUGAACACCGCAGAACCGUACCGAAAAUAGAGAAAAAUCGGACAGCCUAUUCUGGAUUCGAUAAAAAUGUGAAAAAUUAACAAAAAGACACACACACACAACAAAACAACAAUAAAUAUGUACAUUUUGUGAAGAAUUUUUGCUCCCCAAAAACACACAAAAUUCGUAAAACCACAGCAGCAGAAGCAAACCUUAAAACCCGCUCUUCGACGAGGAAAAACACCGCACACAACCUGCAAGUCCUUAGCAAAAAAAAAAACGAAGAACACAAAUAACUUACAUGAAAGAAAGAACUAAACAAUAAACAAAACCAUAGGUGGAUUAAUCCCUUUCUUACUCACAGCGAUGUGAAGCCUCUCCUACCCCCCAACACGAUUUUUGUGAAAUCCAAACUAGAGAACAACACAUAGCAAGAUUAUAUUAUUUGUAAAAAGUAUAUUAGCAUCGGGGGAAAAAAGGUGAAACAAAACAAAUAUUCUAAUUGAAGUAAUGAAAAGGAAAACAAAAAUAACUUAAUAUGAAUAAUCUGUAAGAUUUUUAGUAAUAUAAUAUUAUUAAAAACUUUACUCAAACAAAUACUUUAACAACAUUGUAUGAAUAAAUCAAUAUUAUCAUUAUUGAUAAUAAACCACAUAUGAAAAAACAAAAUCAACCACACAGACACAAACACACAGAAAGUAUUUCAGUUUACUUAUUCACUAGUGAAAAAAAAAAAACAAACAAAAACCUUCCCCCCUCGCAGGAGGACUCGGACGUGAGCGUAGUGAAAACCUUGAGCAGUAACCGAAUAGACGACCCGAACUCUCUCAAAGUGCAGUCCUCUAAGUAGUGAACAUUAACGAAAAAGUAAAAU